CAGGUACUAAAAAUAGUACCUGGUACCAGGUACUAUGGUUGUGGAAACGCUACUUAGGCGAGGCGAGUAGAGCCGGUGGAAAUACGCCAUCUAAGUCAGUUGACCCGUAGCAGGGCUGCUGUGGCCUUGAUGAGGACCCGUCACACUUUAAUUCAUGAGAUGACAGUAAUGUUUAAUGUAGUCUGCCCCUUCUUCUCUUGUUUGGGGCCUUGCCCUGAAUGAGCAGUUAUUCCAGGCCAUUGUGAUGAACAGCAUGACCCAAGAAGGUCACAUAGAAACAUAUGUCUGUCGCCGACCGGAGGAACUCUUGAGUAAUUAACAAAACACUUCUGGGAUCUCCACAUGGCAUACUGUGUGUCCAGUGUUAAACUGCUCAACAUUAUUUAGGUCGUUUAUGCAGUAUAACCCACUUCUGAAACCUUUUAUCUUAUCAUUGCAGCCUCCUCAUUAUAAUAGUGCUUUGUAGCUUUUGAACAAAACACCUACUGAGAAACAGGCACAGUUAACACUAUUCAUGUGAAUAGGAUUCAACUGAACUAACCUUGUCUCAGUAUAAACACUAGUACUGUGUGUGACCAAAGUGUGUCUGCCUAUGCUUUUUAUUUGUAUCAACAAACCUUUUCUCAUUGACCUAUUGCAUUACAGACCAAAAUAACUUUAGCUGCUGGCCAUAUCCAGUCCAUUUCUGUCUUCAGUCUCAAGUCUUUACCUUCAAGUCCCAAAUCAAGACUUAAGUCAAGUUAUAUGACUAUAGAAGAUGAAAAUGAUUUCCAAGAUAUCCCACAUUUAAAUAUGUUAAAAAAAGAAAUACUGUAUUAUUCAUACAAUGUAAGGCGGCUUCAUGGUCGUGUCGCUCGGUUGCCAGGUUUGUGCACAAGGCCACAAAAGCAGACACCCAAUUUUUGUCUGCUUUUCCAAAACAAAUCGUGACGUUAACUCUUCAAUAUUUGAAAGUCAAGUCGAGUCAUUUACCAGCGCUUUGUCAAGCAAGUCUCAAGUCCUCAAAUUUGCGACUUAAGUCAGACUCGAGUCAAGUCAUGUGACUCACGUCCUCCACCUCUGCUUUCUACCAGCUAUUAACUUCAAAAUAUUUAUUCUCUAAGGUAAUGGAAAAUAACUUCAAUCUCCUCAUGAGUCAAAGAAUGCAAUGUUUUUGCUGUUCUUGCAAUAUUAUUACUAAUUAACUCCCAAUGGCUUUGUACGUUGUACCUAUAAAAAUAACACAAAACCAAAUUUCAUUUUGCAAAUAAAGGGCUUUACGAAUGAUCAUCUAAUCUACUUAUGAGCUGCGUAAUGCAUUAUUCCUGAACCUACAGACAUUAAAAUGUUUACAACUUUAUGUUUAAAAUAAAAUUAACCUCCUGCCAAAAAGGAUUCUAAAGAAAAAGCUGUAUAUCAGUCAACGCUGUGGUUCUGUGAAACUGCUGGACAGAGGAAUUAAAAUUAAGUACUUGGUACUUAAGUACUACAUUUAUAAGGGUUUUGUUUUGUAAGUCAUGUGCUGAGGGGGAUAACAAAAGUAAUUAGGGUUGUCAAAAUAAGCACCUUUUCAGUCUAUUUCCUUAUGUGCAUAAUGCUGCUAUUUAAUUUAUUUACAAAAAAGUGUGAUUAAUCUGUGUCAACACAAAUGUAUCAUGUAUGUGUUUCUGUAUGCCUGUGACCGAAAUAAAAAAUAAACUACUUAAAAAAUGUGGUUCAAGUCAGACUUAUGCAAUCAUUACAUUUUCUUCUAAUGUCAUACUGACAGAGAAUCAAAGGAUUGUUUAAACUCAUUCAGAACUACAACUUUAAAUAACUAUUAAUUGAAUAAUUGCGCUGUUUUAUUAUCUUUGUGGUUACAGGAGAAGUCAAUGGCCUCUGCCUCCAAACUCUGAAGACCACAAAUGACCCGUUUGUCCAUUGUUGUUGUUGUAAGCCACUGCUGUUUUUAUAAGCUGUGUGGACCCGUGUUAUCGUUGUCUUGAAGCUCUGCUCACAGGGAGUAUCUCACUGGCCGACCUCUGAACUUUGCCUGGGCUGUCUGAGGUUGAGCCCGACGUAGACCCCCACACAUUUCCCCAGCCUCGACUGGGUGGUCAGUACAGUACUCGCACUAACAAAUACGAUCCCAUCCUGACAGGAACAGAUGCUGUGGUUGUGGCGCCAUGUGCUUGUCAACUGCUGCAAUUGAGAGCGAGAGGUAGUGUAAAUACAACAAACAGCCCGUCUCCGGUGUUGCGGGCCGUGUCGGCUGCCAAAGAUCACCAAUACUCACUCGUACUGAACUUACAGCAGCAUGUUUUUCUUUCCCCUUAACACGGAAAAUAAAUAUGCGAGUGUUGCGCGAGCAGCGUGAAGCAAGAGUGGAAAUUGAAGAAUAAAAAAAAAAAACAAUAAAGGAGAAUAAGAAACUUGUGAAAGGUGUCUGAUUUACACAGAUUCAUGUGUGUGGGAAACAGAGAGAGAAGAUAAGCUGAGUGUUAUCAGCGGGAGCCGAAAACGACAAUCAGCAAUUCAGCUUAAAGCUGCUAUGCUAGCUGAAUGAAAGAAACACGGAGAGAAUUUGGAUUUGAUAGCAUUGUUUGAACUUAUUUUGACAACGGUUUGGGUGUCAAUGUCUGUUUAUAUUUAAAAGUUAAGUUUUAAAAGCAGACAGUACGGAAACCUUAAAAAAACCUCCCAACAAAUCUGCCCUGACAGCUCACAGCAUCUUUCUGUCCCUCCAAAACUUUCUCACAGCCCCGCAGACAAGGCGUUCAGGCCGCCGACGUCAGCAAUCUCAGGAGCUCUGCACCCCUGCUUUCUGUCUUCAGUGUUCUCAAAAGGGGGUCAGAGUUCAGACCUGUCACUGGGUCCCGUUUAUCACAGGGGAGGUUAUGUGAACGGGACAGAAGGGUGGAGGGGUGGGGUGGCCAUUUGACCAAGGUUUGUUUUCAAGUGAUCACCUCCAGGAGAAGCUCCCAGCCAGUGUCAAUGGCCCAUGGGUGAGAGCAUGGUGAAGAGGUAUAAAAAAGACUCGAAGGACCAGAGAGCACAGAGAGAGAGAAAGUGGCAGCUAAAAAAAUUGAUCCAAUAAACGUGGAAUAUUCAAACAAUCAGGAAAAACUGGUAAUUACCUGUGAUUUUGGAGCCUCAGUCAUCAGAGAAGUCGCCAUGGCAGUUCUCACCAACUACUGGAUGUGUUUACUUGCUCUUUCAUUGACAGAGACCAUGGGCCACAGUCUGAGACGAAUCAGCCUGAAGAAGAUGCCGUCCAUCAGAGAGACCCUGCAGGAGUUGGGUGUUUCUGUAGAGCAGGUGUUGAGUGAGCUAAACCAGAAGAGUCCAAGAGACAACAACAACGGCACUGUUCCCACACCUCUAACCAAUUACUUGGAUACUCAGUACUUUGGUGAAAUCAGUAUUGGUUCUCCCGCCCAGCUGUUCAAUGUAGUGUUUGACACAGGCUCGGCCAACCUGUGGGUGCCCUCACAUAGCUGCUCACCCUUCUCCACUGCCUGCUUUACUCACAACAGGUACGAUGCCUCCGUAUCCUGGACUUAUGUGGAGAAUGGUACGGGAUUUUCCAUCCAGUACGCCUCUGGAAAUGUCCGGGGAUUCCUGAGCGAGGACGUGGUCGUGGUUGGCGGUAUUCCUGUGGUGCAGGUAUUUGCUGAAGCCACCUCUCUCUCCGCCAUGCCAUUCAUCUUUGCCAAGUUUGACGGAGUCCUGGGGAUGGGUUACCCCAACUCGGCCAUCGACGGCAUCCCCCCGGUGUUUGAUGGCAUCAUGUCCCAGCAUGUCCUCAAGGAAGAGGUGUUCUCUGUCUACUACAGCAGAGAUCCAAAACACUCUCCUGGUGGAGAACUUGUGCUUGGUGGCACAGACCCGAACUACUACACUGGAAACUUUAACUAUAUGAACACGCGAGAGAUGGGCAAAUGGGAAGUGACCAUGAAAGGUAUUUCUGUCGGACCACAGAUGAUGUUUUGUGCAGAAGGCUGCACAGCUGUAAUUGACACAGGCUCCUCCUACAUCACCGGCCCAGCCUCCUCUGUGUCUGUGCUGAUGAAAACCAUCGGUGCACAGCAGGAUGAAAGCGGAUACAAAGUCAACUGUGACACUGUGAAGUCUUUGCCUAGUGUGACCUUUCACCUGGGUGGUCAGGAAUACUCACUCACACAGGAGGAUUACAUCUUAUGGCAAUCACAGAUAGAAGGGGAUGUCUGCAUCGUCACGUUCAGAGGCCUGGAUGUGCCGCCCCCUGUAGGCCCCAUCUGGAUCCUGGGGGCCAACUUCAUUGCCCGCUACUACACGGAGUUCGAUCGACGCAAUAACCGGAUAGGCUUUGCCACAGCAGUCUGACAGGAAGUGAAACAAAGGCAACAUCUGUUUUUCUUCUCCACUAUAUUUUUGCUGCUAUCUCCCAAAUGUUUUCUCGGCACUUGUUUGUCCAGUUCUGCCUCACAUUGCAUUGUCGCGAUCAAACGUAAUCGGUUUCACAAAAUGCUAAAGCGUGCACACAACCUAAAGGAACUCGUCCUCACAUUUCUUGCAAACCCCGCUCUCUCUGUUAAAGAAUAUUUUGUACCAGUUGCACUGAACACCUUCUGAGCAAGUUUCUAUUUAUAAGCAUUUAUCAUAAAUGGGGCCCUAGAAAAAAGCAUAUCUGUUAUGUACUGACGUACCAAGAAUAAAGUUUUUUACCGG